AUGAGGUUUACGAGCGAUAUCCCCGUUGGCGCUGCCAUCCUUGCCCUUUCCUCCACGACAGAGGCCGCUCUGGCGUCGUUUUGCCCAGACAAAGGAGAUGCUUGCUUCCAAUGGGGAGCCCCGCAAGCCGCCCUCAGUGCCGGGUCGGGCAACCUCUAUUUCCAGCUUCGAGCUCCCACAUCGUAUCAAUGGAUCGCCCUGGGCACUGGGUCCUCCAUGAAGGGAUCCAGCAUGUUUGUCGUUUACCAAAACGGUGACAACAACAUCACCCUCAGCACAAGAAAAGGCCAAGGUCACGUCAUGCCCCGGUACUCGGCUCGCUCCGAUGUCACGCUUUUGGAAGGCUCUGGCAUCGUCAACGGCAGCAUGGUCGCCAAUGUCCUGUGUAGAGCUUGCUCGGACCUGGAUCUCAGCAGCUCCUCGAGCUGGAUCUCGGCCUGGAAGAUGGGCUCUUCUCUGGACUCGUCCAAUCCCUCCCAGUCCAUCUCCACCCACGACGGCAAAGCCAGCUUUUCUGUCGACCUGCAGCAAGCAAGCAUUACUUCGGAUUCGAACCCUUUUCUGGCUUCGUCCAACGGCGGCGGUUCCACCAGGACGGGCAGCACCGGAGCAGUCGUGGAAGAAGAUGACGACGACCAAAACAAUCGUCUCGAGGUGGCUCACGGAGUCAUCAUGGCUAUUGUCUUUGUUGUCGGCUAUCCGAUUGGGUCCGCCGUCAUGCCAUUGGUGGGCAGUUGGCUCAUCCAUGCCGGCUGGCAGAUGUUGGCCUUCCUGGCCAUGUGGGCCGGCUUUGCAGUCGGGUAUAUCGCUUCAUCCCGCGAAGGCGAGUUCUUCAAGGACACACAUACAAGGCUUGGUGUCUUCGUGUGCAGCUUGAUGGGGCUGCAGCCCGUUCUGGGUUGGCUGCACCACCGGCAUUACCUCAGGCACCAGAGACGCGGCAUUGUCAGCCACGUCCACCGGUGGUACGGGCAGGGCUUGAUGCUUCUCGGGAUUGUGAACGGUGGCCUCGGCCUGCAUUAUGCCGAUGCGUCCAAGUCAUUCAUCGCUGCCUACGCCGUGGUUGCUGCCGUCUUGGGGGCCCUUUACGCGGCGAGCAGCGUCUUUGGCGUCAUCAGGAGGAGGAGGCUGUCGCCUCACCAGAAGCGGGAAGGGGGCAUCACAACGUAG